AGCAAUGUCUCGGUUAUGGGGAAAAAUUAACAAUGAAUACAUUUUACCCGUUUGGAUGAGAGAGCCUUGUUAUAAAUUAUAUAGUUGGUUAUUUAGUUGUAAUUUAGAUGAAGUUGAAAAUCCCGAUCUUAAGGCCUAUCCAAAUUUAGGUUCUUUUUUUAUUAGAUCAUUAAAACCUGGUGUACGACCAAUAGAUAAUAAUGCUAUCCUCGUAUCACCUUCUGAUGGUAGAAUUAUUAAUUUUGGACUAAUAAAUGAUGGAUGGGUAGAGCCAAUAAAAGGAAAUUCUUACUCACUAAGUGCACUGUUAGGACGUGAUUAUAUCGACAAUGCAAACAAUUCAGAAUUACCAAUAGACAUUUCGCCUGAUAAUACUUAUAAAUGGCAAAUAAAUAAAAAGGAAAAUGGACUUUUCUAUUGUACUAUUUAUCUUGCUCCUGGGGAUUAUCACAGAUUUCAUUCUCCAACAAAUUGGGUUGUUGAAGCAAGGC